CUCCAAUUUGAUGCUGCGUGAGGACUGAGGAGCUCGUGUAACUAGUAUCGCAUUGUAUGGUAUAAUUUGCGUGUCAUAAUAUAUGCUGAUCGAAAUGGAAAACUUACGAUCGUCUGAACUUGAUCGAUAUUUAUUAGAGAAUGUUAGUGAGAGUAGUGGCCUAGACAGUGACAAUGAAGAUAUAGUGCGCUUAUGUCCACGUCGGUGCGCGAAUGAAGCAAGCGACUUUGAGGUUAGUGACACAGAACUAAACUACGCCGACGUACAUGUUGGCGGGUUUAGUCUAAACAAUGGCCGGAUGUUGUAAUCGUUUCGCCCGAGCCGCUUUAUUUAGACUCCCAGAAAGAACAUCACCUGGACUUAUGCCGAUAGGAUACAACCCACUGGCGAAAAAUUGGGCUCACUUUCCUAUCCAAUUGCCAGCAAAACCAAAAAGGCAAUUUGCAACAAAAAAGUGUACAAGUUUGCUAUGAACACGGAAUCAGAUCCGAGACCAGAUAUCAAUGUGACCGUUGUGAAGUGGUAUUUGACAAAGAGUGCUUCAAAAUCUUCCACACUAAAGUAAAAAACUUCAAGUGUAAAUAUUUGUAAAUAAAUAAGACAUAUUGCCAUUCUUAUUUUAGUGAAUAGUUAUUAGAUACGUUUGGAAUAAACAAUUAGUGUUUGGAAUAUACCUAGCCAGCAACAGUCACAAUGACAAGCUGCAAAUUGAAGUUAUCUUUUCUACUUCCGGAGUGUAAUGUAAAGUAUGAUGACCUUCUUCAGAAGUUUUCUCCUCCUGUCCUUGAUAGGAGUAGCUCUGGGAUGGGGUGGCGAUGAGCUGGAAGUAUUUGAUGUUGUUGAAGAAGUGAAUCAAAACUUUUAUACUUUGUUAGGUGUACCUCAGGAUGCUGAUGGAGCUGCAAUCAAGAAAGCGUUUAGAAAGUUAUCACUUGUGCUACAUCCAGACAAAAGUGAUGCGCCAGAUGCAGAAGUUCAAUUCCGGAAUUUGGUUGCUGUAUACGAUGUGUUGAAAGACCCGGGCAAGCGCAAGUGUUACGACAAUGUGCUGGAGAACGGACUGCCGGACUGGAAGCAAGCGGUGUACUACUACCGGCGUGUGCGCAAGAUGGGCUUGCGAGAGAUGGCAGUCAUAUUGUUCGUCAUCAUUACAAUAGGACAGUACCUGGUCGGUUGGGCCAACUAUUUCGAGAAGAAACUAACAGUCGACGAGUUUCUGAACUCCAAGAACAAAAAGUCACAAAAGAAACAAAAGAAGGGUAAAGCGGAGGCAGCAUUCACUGUGGAUGAGUUUGAAGCAGUUCUCGUAAAACCCAGCAUCAAGGACACACUGCCAUGUCAGAUCCCACGGUUCCUGUGGUUCCUGUUCGUGUCAGGUCCACCACUGCUGUACCACUCGGUGUGUGACUACUGGCAACAGCGUCAGCUGAGGAAGCAACAAGAACUACAACAACAGGAAGAAUCGGAAGAAGAAGUUGAGGUGGUUCAACGAGCGCCGAGGAAACGGAAGACAUUUGUUCUCCCAGAACUCAAAGAUGAUCCUUCUGCAGAAGUAAACCAUUCCUUAAAUCACACCAAGCCUUCAACACCUACAGUCAUAUCCGGAGGUCUGUGGACCGAUGAUGAUCUACUGGAGCUGGCCAAACUAGUGAAAAAGUAUCCUGUCGGCACAACAGAGCGGUGGGACAAGAUAGGGGAGGCGAUGAACCGGCCACCGAGCGAGGUCGCCCACAUGGCACACAAACUGAAGGAUGAUGUCCUCAGGAACAUGGGACAGCGGGGAGAGAAGGAGGGAGACGGAAGUGGUGAUGAGGAGGACAACGAGAGAAUGGUGGAGGAACCUAAGAAAGUGAAGACAAGAGGGGGAAAGAUUGGAGAAGUCGGGGAGAACAGCGGGGGAAACUGGAGUCAGGUGCAGCAGAAAGCUUUAGAAGCAGCACUUGCUAAAUUUCCAAAAGGUGCUGCCAAUGAUCGAUGGGUGAAAAUCGCCAAGUGUGUACCGGGAAAGACAAAGGAGGAAUGUAUGAUUCGCUACAAAUACCUGGUUGACAUGGUGAAAAAGAAAAAGGAACAAGACGAAGCAGAAAUGAACGGGGAGACAGGCCAAAACAAUUCAGAAGGGAACACGUCCAGCACGGAAAGCGAAGUAAUGACCGAAAACACACAACAUAAUGGAGACAGUAUUACGUAACAUUCAACUCGUUAUAGUGUAUUGAAUUUUGAUAUUAAUUAAUUUAUUAUUGUUAUUGUGUUGAAUAUAAUCUUUUGUAUAUGACGGUCUUCCAGAAAUACCAAAAGUGUUUUAAAGAACUUGUGUUAUAUAGCCUGUAAAAUGACACUUUAAGGUUUAAGGAUCAAUAAAAUGGACCCUAUAUAUAAAAAAUGUCUUGUUUUUAAAACAUUGACAUUCUUUGCCUUGUAUUUUAUAAUGCUUCAUUCAGUAAAUAUUUAUGAAGUUAUCAGUA